UUGAUUAAUGGUCCAAGGGCAGGCACAAAAAAUCCAAGCUCUGGGGAGGGUACUGAACGAAAAUUGCUCUAAAUCACAAUUAGAUAUGCAAACUAACACAACUUUGAGCCUCAUCAAACACUGUCAAACUCAUCAAGACCACCACAGUGAGUCAAGGACUGGCCAAGGGCUAGAUCACGAGCCUGGAGGAGGAGCCUGCCAUUAGAUAAGCAAGUCUGGAUUUGCACUAGGGCCUGCCUGCCUCCGGACCACUUUUAUGUUCACCCACUAGAAUUCCUGCAAGAAACCAAACAGCCUGAGGACUGAGGGGAAAGAAAGCCAUUAACCCCUCCAGAAGGGAGGCUUUGGGGCAGUUUGACAGCGGGGAGAAAAAAUAAAUGCCCAACUCAAGGGCAAACCUAAAAGCCAAGCCCCUGCCUAACAAAAGGGCGGGGCUGAGUGCUCUCCAAAUCCCCUUUCCCUAAAACUCCCGAGAACUGUCCACAGGUGAAAAGGGGGCGCCCCUGGGCGGAGAGGGAUCCCGGAGCAGACUCUGCCCUAGGACCGCCCCUUCCCCUUAGUCACCCCACAGGACUGUGGCCACAUCUUUCCCAGCUCGGCCCCCAAUUUUAAAACCGCUCUCCGCCUUCCAAUUCCACCGCUAUUUGCAUCUUAAAAGAGCUCCUCCCCCAAUUGGGAGUGGUGGUGAAGGGAUAAAGCUCCCAUCCCCCACCACGGCGGAGCAAGGGCAUGGAAGGGGACCCAGAGGAGAUUAAGGCCUCAGAAGGGGACUUCUCGGGCGACCCCACUCAGUGCUGUCCGGCUCGUCCCCGCUGGGGCCUUUCUCGGCAGAACGACUAGCGGAGAGUUUUAUGAAAACUGAGGCACCCGGCGUGAAGGGAUCCAGCCACAGUCCCUCAGUACGGACUGAGCCCCUUGAAGGUCUCCCUUCCCCGGCACCGCACGGGUACAGCGUCCGAACCCCGGCCAGGCCCGCGUCCACUUCUUCACCCAAUCUGUUCCCAAAUCCUGUCUCGCCAGCAUUUAGCAGGCCCCGAGGGCUCUGGGAGCACAGAGACACAAACAGCGCCUGCCCUCCGGGGGUUCCAGUCUAAUGGGAGACCACGUGAGCGGGCCGGGGGAGGCUUCCGGUCCCCACGGGAUCCGCCCCGAGGCUCCAAGGACUGGCGAGUUUGGGGGCUCCGACGGCUUGCUCUGACAGCACUGCAGGAGAGCCUCAGGGGGUUUCCGCUAUCAGGAGCCACAGGCCCAUUGGACAGAAAAACAAACUGAGGCUCGGAGCGGCCCCUAGGGGGCAGCACGCAUAAAACGCUUUGCAAACGCCCAAGGACGUCACGUCCCGCGACCCUCGAAAACACCCGGGGAAGACUGGCGAAGCAACCGAGGCGGGCCCACGAGCCUGGGUACGGCCGUGCCGGAGCCGAGAUUCCAUCCACGGUCGGCCUCCGAGUUCGGAGCUGGAGAGGACAUCCUGCCCGGUCCCUCGCUUUGCAAAUGGGGAGGUCGAGACCCGACCGAGGAAGUCGAGGCUCCCCGGGCCUUCAUUCCAGGCAGGCCCUUCUCUCCGCGGCUCCGCGACCUCCCUCCGCCCGGCCUCGGUCCACUCUCCUCACCCGAACUACAGCCGCCGCCGCCGCCGCCGCCGCCAUUUCCGCACAGGCCUGGCCGGAAGCGCUUCUGUCCACCACAUCCGGGUUCCUCGCGCCGGCCCCGACGCACCCGCGGAGCCUCGGAGAGGAGAGGCAGCACCGCCACCUUCCUUCCUCGCGGCGCCCCCGGGGUCUCCGAGCCAUGUCGGAGGGAGUGGACCUCAUUGAUAUCUACGCGGACGAGGAGUUCAACCAGGACCCAGAGUUCAGCAAUGCCGAUCAGAUCGACCUGUACGAUGACGUGCUGGCCGCCAGCUCGCAGCCUUCCGACGACCGAAGUAGCAGUGCCGAGCCACCGCCUCCCAUCCGACAGGAGCAGUCUCCCAAGCCCAACAGCAAGUCGCCGGCGAUCCUGUACACGUACAGUGGACUGCGGAAUAAGCGAGCCGCGGUCUACGUGGGCAGCUUCUCCUGGUGGACAACAGACCAACAGCUGAUCCAAAUCAUCCGUUCUGUGGGCGUCUAUGAUGUUGUGGAGUUAAAAUUUGCAGAGAAUCGAGCCAAUGGCCAGUCCAAAGGGUAUGCUGAGGUGGUGGUGGCCUCUGAGAACUCUGUCCACAAACUGCUGGAGCUUCUGCCAGGCAAGAUUCUCAAUGGGGAAAAGGUGGACGUGAGGCUGGCCACCCGGCAGAACCUGUCGCAGUUUGAGGCGCAGGCUCGGAAACGUGAGUGCGUCCGAGUCCCAAGAGGGGGAGUACCGCCGCGGGCCCACUCCCGAGAUUCUAGUGAUUCUGCUGACGGACGGGCCACACCCACCGAGAACCUUGUGCCCCCACCCCCUCGAGUGGACAAGCCCCCCAGCGUGCUGCCCUACUUCAGCCGCCCUCCCUCAGCUCUUCCCCUGAUGGGUCUGCCCCCACCACCCAUCCCGCCCCCACCACCUCUCUCCUCGGGCUUUGGGGUCCCUCCUCCGCCUCCUGGUAUCCAUUACCAGCAUCUCAUGCCCCCGCCUCCCCGACUGCCUCCCCACCUGGCUGUGCCUCCCCCGGGGGCCAUUCCACCUGCCCUGCACCUCAACCCCGCCUUCUUCCCCCCACCAAAUGCUGCAGUGGGGCCUCCGCCAGAUGCUUACAUCAAGGCCUCUGCACCCUAUAACCACCAUGGCAGAUCUAAGUGCCACGGGCGGUCAGGGAUGGUGUUGUCUCCGUGCAGCCGAGAACUGGGCCCCCCGCCCCCGACGGUGUGCGAAGCCGAGUUCGAGGAGAUCAUGAAUCGGAACAGAGCAAUUUCUAGCAGUGCCAUUUCCAAAGCCGUCUCUGGGGCCAGCGCAGGGGAUUAUAGUGACGCUAUUGAGACGCUCCUCACAGCCAUUGCUGUCAUCAAACAAUCCCGGGUCGCCAACGACGAACGUUGCCGUGUGCUCAUCUCCUCCCUAAAGGACUGUCUUCAUGGCAUCGAAGCCAAGUCCUACAGCGUGGGUGCCAGCGGGAGCUCUUCCAGGAAAAGACACCGGUCCCGUGAGCGAUCACCUAGCCGGUCCCGUGAGAGCAGCCGGAGGCACCGGGACCUGCUCCACAAUGAGGAUAGGCACGAGGAUUAUUUCCAAGAAAGGAAUCGGGAGCAUGAGAGACACCGGGACAGAGAGCGGGACCGGCAUCACUGAGAAAGGAGUCUGGUUGGAAGUAAAUGUUUUUUUUAAUGGACUUGCAUCUCCUCACCUCGAUCAGGACUAAAGGACGGAGGCCGCUCCACCCCUUUCCCCUCUCCCAAGCCCCCCAAUUCCCUCCAGACACCCAGGGAACACCUGAUGCCCCACCAGACCGAAGAGAGCUUGGCACCCUCCCCAGCCCUCCCCAGGCCCUGGCAUGACCCUGCUUGCCUAGGGAAAGGGCUGAAAGACUGGUUGGGGUUGGGAGGGGCAAGAGAAGAGAAAGGGAAGAAGGUAGACUGUAGCUGGGCCCACGAUCCACAAAUGCUUGGACUCCAAAAGAACGGUGCUUUCUUUUUCUUGGGAACUUGUGAGGUUCGUAUUUUUCUGGGAGCAGCUUGAGGCAGGUGGGAAAGCCUCUCAGAAACCCACCAAAGGGGUCCCCAUUUUGUGUCCACCUGGGCCUCCUCCCCCUGCAGGGUGGUGCCUCCAACCCCAGAGCCCUCUCAGCCCUUUGGGGUGGACCUGCAGGAAGAAGCAUUUUCUGCCCUCAUUUGUUCUGCCUUCCUCUCUCCUUGACGGUUAUUCUCCUGAUCUCCCGGGGAAGGCGUGAGGCCUCCAGCACUCCCAGUUUCCUUGGUCCCAUUGGUCCCUUGGCAAACAAGAGACCUGUCAGGUGUCUGCACCCGCCUCUCCCUGCUUUGCUUGCUUGCUGCUCGUGAAUUAACAAGCUCUGACAGGCGCUCUUCCCCUGAGCCCUUGCCCCAAGAGGGCCGUUUCCUUGUUUUAGAGGAAGGCACUGCAACACAUCCCCACCUUGGCAGCGGCGAUCCCAGCCAGAGGCUACAGGAGCAGGGGGGAGAGAGGGGCCUAGUCACUGACCACUUCUCAAAGCUUUUCCUUCCAAAAGAGCCAUGAAAGCAGGCGCCUGCCAUCAGGCCGCCGGCCAGGGGCGCCGGCUUCCAGAAUCGGAAACUGUCCCCGGGAUUCUUUGGCCUUUGGCCUCCCCCUCGCCCCUCCAGGAAAGUCCACGAAAGAGCCAGAGCCGAGCUUGCAGCCGCCGGGUUCCCUGGGGUGAUGGUCCCAGAGAAUCCCACCCAUGGCAACUAGGCUUCUCCACACUGGUGGUUCCAGGGCUACCUCCACAUCCCCCACAGGGCACCCGCACUUAGUCCGGGCCUUCUCAGGCAGAGGGCACGGGAGAGCCGCGGCCUCUCACACUUCGGUCAGCACAGAGACAGUUCCCCAGGGUCAGAGACACAUUCCCUUGGGACAGAGGGAAGGGGUGGUGGCUCCCUCCCCUCGUCCCCCCGUCCCAUCCCCACUUCCUCCAAGGAGCCGGGCUUCCCCAGUCUCGAGUGUUCAGUGGCGCUCUUCUCCAGAGAGCAGCUCCCGAUGUCUUUUUAAAAUGUAGAGAAAACCAAAUGAGGUGACUGUUGUUCGAGGAAGAAACCGUAAAAUACCAGAAAUCCGUUUGCCCGGAGAGUUUGUGUUUUUUUUUUUACUUAAUGACACAAUUUUUAGUUUUAUUUCCAGAUAGCAAAAGAAAAAUACCUGAGGGAAAAAAAGGCCAAGGCCCCGUCCCCCUGUUGUCGGUGAUUCGAUUUGUUUGUCUCUUUCUGAUAGGUUGGAAAUUGUGUAAUAAACUUGAUGACGCUGUCAAUCUUU